ACGAUUUUCCUGCCGUCUGAUCUGACAACAAAUGCACUUCCUUUUCCGGUGUGGGAUCUGUAGAAGAUAUCGCAGAUGGCCAAACUCCGGGGCGAAGGUAAGCGUGAAAAGCGCGCAAAGUCUACACUAAGCGAAGUGGUCACACGGGAGUACACAAUCCACUUGCACAAGCGGCUCCAUGGAGUUGGAUUCAAGAGGAAGGCUCCCAGGGCCAUCAAAGAAAUUAGGAAGUUCGCUGAGAAACAGAUGGGCACUUCAGACGUCCGUGUUGACACCAGAUUGAACAAGUUCAUCUGGUCCAAAGGAAUCAGGAAUGUCCCUUUUCGGGUGCGGGUGCGUCUGGCAAGGAGACGUAACGAGGAUGAAGAUUCUCCUAACAAGCUCUACACCCUUGUCACCUUUGUGCCCGUGGACACCUUCAAGAAGCUGCAGACCGUCAACGUCGAAUCGAGUGACAACUGAGUGUGCUGUCGAAUAAACAUUGUAAAUUACA